AUGACUACAUCAGAAAAGCAGGAUGUGCGUAUUGGCACCGGGAGCGAUGCCAGUGCUUCAAGUAUCAAUGGCAUCAACGAGAAGGCCUUGUUACGGAAACUGGACUAUCGUCUUUUACCACCACUCACGUUACUCUAUUUACUCUCGUUUUUGGAUCGCAGCAAUGUGGGAAAUGCCCGUCUAGAAGGAAUGACGACCGACAUCAAGAUGUCAGGAAACCAGUACCUUACAGGUUUGACCCUGUACUUUAUCGGCUAUGUUCUUUUUGAGAUUCCUUGCAAUAUCAUCUUGAAAAAGACAACCCCGAGAAUAUGGCUUCCCACCCUCACGCUCGUCUGGGGAAUAGUCGCAACACUCCUGGGAGUAGUACAGAAUUACUCUGGAUAUCUGUCUUCACGAUUCUUCCUGGGCAUUGCAGAGAGUGGACUGUUCCCCGGUGUGGUGUUUUACCUGUCUAUGUGGUAUAAGCGGAACGAGCAACAUUAUCGCGUGGCUCUGUUUUUCAGUGCUGCCUCACUGGCAGGUGCCUUUGGUGGAGUCCUGGCUUGGGCAAUUUCUCACAUGAGAGGGGUGGGAAACUUGAAUGGUUGGAGAUGGAUCUUCAUCCUAGAAGGGCUGUUGACCGUCGCUGUUUCGAUCAUCGCCUAUUUCUGGGUAUACAACUACCCCUCAACAGCGGAGUUCCUAUCAAAGGAAGAGAGGGAGUUCAUCCAAUUUCGUCUGAAGAAUGACAGCGAUGCGACUCGGGAUGAGGAAUUCACCUGGUCGGCAGUACGAGACGCAUUCAAAGACCCCAAAGUCUGGCUAUACGGACUCGGAUUCCACACGAUGUCCUUGCCACUGUAUACCUUAUCACUCUUCCUUCCGACAAUCAUCAAAGAACUCGGGUACUCAGCGGCAAAGGCGCAACUACUUUCCGUGCCGCCGUAUGCAGUAGCAUUCUUCCUGACUAUCGGGGUUGCGAUUGCAUCCGAGAAGACUCGCAGCCGCGCCCCGUUUAUCAUGGGAUCGUCUGCCGUUGGAUGCAUCGGAUACAUUCUCCUGCUAUCACAGCACCGUGCGGGCGUGUCUUAUGUCGGAACUAUCUUCGCUGCCGCAGGGAUUUACCCGGCUGUGGCUAUUGUGCUGUCUUGGCCUGCUAAUAAUGUGUCUGGGCAGACUAAACGUUGCAUUGCCAAUGCCAUGCAGAUCUCAAUUGGGAAUCUGGGUGCGGUUCUUGGAACACAGCUAUACCGUACUGAAAGUAGCCCGCGGUACUUUUUGGGUCAUGGGUUUGCGUUGGGAUAUCUGGUUGCCAACAUUGUGGUGGUUGGGAUCCUAUGGGAGAUUCUGCGACGGGAAAAUGCUGAAAAAGAGCGUGUUAGGGAAGCCCAUGGAUUGAGGCCGUUGAUGGGAGAUGUGGGUGAUGCAGAGGGAGAAUUCCAAGGGGAUAAGGAUCCUCGUUGGAUAUUCCAGACUUGA